CUUGUUCUCGCCGGGGCCGCUCAGACCUGCAGCGGAGCCGCGGCGCCCGCUCGGAUCGGCUCCGGCUGCGCCCCGGGGACCCGGCGACGAGGGCGGGCGGGGGUGCUCCCGCCGGACGGGGCCCGUCAGUGCUGCCAGGUGUGGAUCCAUGGGAUAGCCCCAGCAUGUGCCCCUCUGCCCCAGUCAGCUCAUGCCUCAGCACCUGGGGACAGUGAACAGAGCCCUGGCUAGAGCCCAAACAUGUGGGGCCUGGUGAGGCUCCUGCUGGCCUGGCUGGGUGGUUGGGGCUGCAUGGGGCGCCUGGCAGCCCCAGCCCGGGCCUGGGAAGGGGCCCGGAGGGGCCCAGGACCAGCACUGCUGCGGACCCGAAGGAGCUGGGUGUGGAACCAGUUCUUUGUCAUCGAGGAAUAUGCCGGUCCAGAGCCCGUCCUCAUUGGCAAGCUGCACUCGGAUGUGGAUCGGGGUGAGGGCCGCACCAAGUACCUGCUGACCGGGGAGGGGGCAGGCACCGUGUUUGUGAUUGACGAGGCCACAGGCAAUAUCCAUGUCACCAAGAGCCUGGACCGGGAGGAGAAGGCACAGUACGUGCUACUGGCCCAAGCCGUGGACCGAGCCUCCAACCGUCCCCUGGAGCCCCCAUCAGAGUUCAUCAUCAAGGUGCAGGACAUCAACGACAAUCCCCCCAUCUUUCCCCUCGGGCCCUACCACGCCACAGUUCCUGAGAUGUCCAACGUCGGGACAUCAGUCAUCCAGGUGACUGCUCACGACGCCGAUGACCCCAGCUAUGGGAACAGCGCCAAGCUGGUGUACACUGUGCUGGAUGGACUGCCUUUCUUCUCCGUGGACCCCCAGACUGGAGUCGUGCGUACCGCCAUCCCCAACAUGGACCGAGAGACACAGGAGGAGUUCUUGGUGGUGAUUCAGGCCAAGGACAUGGGCGGCCACAUGGGGGGGCUGUCGGGCAGUACUACGGUGACGGUCACCCUCAGCGAUGUCAACGACAAUCCCCCCAAGUUCCCUCAGAGCCUGUACCAGUUCUCGGUGGUGGAGACAGCUGGGCCAGGCACCCUGGUGGGCCGGCUUCGGGCCCAGGACCCAGACCUGGGGGACAACGCCCUCAUGGCAUACAGCAUCCUAGAUGGGGAGGGGUCCGAGGCCUUCAGCAUCAGCACAGACGCCCAAGGUCGAGAUGGGCUCCUCACUGUCCGAAAGUCCCUAGACUUUGAGACCCGUCACUCCUACUCCUUCCGUGUGGAGGCCACCAACACGCUCAUUGACCCAGCCUACCUGCGGCGAGGGCCCUUCAAGGAUGUGGCCUCAGUGCGCAUAGCGGUGCAGGAUGCCCCAGAGCCGCCCGCCUUCACCCAGGCAGCCUACCACCUGGUGGUGCCCGAGAACAAGGCUCCUGGGACCCUGGUGGGCCAGGUCUCAGCCACUGACCUGGACUCCCCCGCCAGCCUGAUCAGAUACUCCAUCCUCCCCCACUCGGAUGUGGAGCGCUGCUUCUCCAUCGAGCCUGAGGACGGCACCAUCCGCACAGCUGUGCCCCUGGACCGCGAGGCUCGAGCCUGGCACAACCUCACGGUGCUGGCCACAGAGCUUGGUGAGGAGUCCUGGGCCCCCGGAGGCCCUGGAGAAGGCAGCAGCCUCCUGGCAGAGGGACUGUCCCCGAGCGGAAGCCCUGAAGGGAACCCUCAAGACAGCUCCGCACAGGCCUCCCGUGUGCAAGUGGCCAUCCAGACCUUGGAUGAGAAUGACAAUGCUCCCCAGCUGGCUGAGCCCUACGACACCUUCGUGUGUGACUCUGCAGCCCCUGGCCAGCUGAUUCAGGUCAUCCGGGCUUUGGACAGAGACGAAGCUGGCAACAGUAGCCGUGUCUCCCUUCAAGGUCCUCUGGGCCCUGAUGCCAACUUCACUGUCCGGGACAACCAAGAUGGCUCUGCCAGCCUACUGCUGCCCUCUCGUCCUGCCCCGCCCCGCCAGGCCCCCUACCUGGUUCCCAUAGAACUGUGGGACUGGGGGACCCCAGCCCUGAGCAGCACUGCUACAGUGACCGUCAGCAUGUGCCGCUGCCGGCCUGACGGCUCCGUGGCAUCCUGCCGGCCCGAGGCUCAGCUCUCACCCGCUGGGCUCAGCACCGGGGCCCUGCUCGCCAUUGUCACCUGUGUGGGCACCCUGCUUGCCCUGGUGGUGCUCUUCGCGGCCCUACGGCGCCAAAAGCAGGAAGCACUGAUGGUGCUGGAGGAGGAGGACGUCAGGGAAAACAUCAUCACCUACGACGAUGAGGGCGGCGGGGAGGAGGACACGGAGGCCUUUGACAUCAGCGCCCUGCAGAACCCCGACGGGGCCCUGCCGGCCCCCGGGCCUCCCGCGCGCCGGGACGUGCUCCCCCGGGCUCGGGCGCCGCGCCAGCCCCGGGCCCCGGGCCCCGGCCCCGCCGACGUGGCGCAGCUCCUGGCGCUGCGGCUCCGCGAGGCCGACGAGGACCCCAGCGUGCCGCCCUACGACUCGGUGCAGGUGUACGGCUACGAGGGCCGCGGAUCGUCCUGUGGCUCCCUCAGCUCCCUUGGCUCCGAGGCCGGCGGCGCGCCUGGCCCGGCGGAGCCGCUGGAUGACUGGGGGCCGCUCUUCCGCACCCUGGCCGAGCUGUACGGGGCCAAGGAGCCCCCGGCGCCCUGAGUCGGGCUGCCCUGCCGGCCAUGGUGGGGGAGCCCGCACCGGCCCUCUGAGUGAACCCCGGUGUCCAAGCAGGUGGCAGCAGCCCAGGGGCCCCAAGCCUUUUCCCCAUCCCUGUGUCCCUGAUCCCCCAGGCACCCCGCUCCUCCCUCCCUCCUCCUGAGUCUUCUGUGUCUCUCUCCAGGGACCUCUGUCCCUGGAACUCUGUCUGGGCCUGGGUUGUGUGGCUCCGACUGAAUCUCUGUUCUGUCACUGUGAUUCCACCUUCUCCGUGGCUGUUUUUGUCUCUGGAUUCUAAACCUCAUGCUCUCUGUCUCCCUUGCCCCCACACACAUGCUUGUGUCUGUCUCCUGCCCACAUCUGCCCCAUUUCUCUCUGGGUCCCUGUGACUGGAUUUCUGUUUUUUGCCGUUGUCCAACCCAAAAGCAAGAGAAACUUCCAGCCACUGCUGCCCAUCUUCCUGCAGGGGAUGUUCGGCCCCAGACCUUCCCGCAUGGUUCCAUCCAUCACUCAUGGCCCAUCCUGGCUCUCCUGGCCUCCAGCAGAGAAAGGGAGCCAGCCCACCCCCAGGGGAGAGCUCCAGCACCACCCCACACAUACACACACACUUGGCUGCCUCCCUGGAGCUCUGCCAGGCUCUUGGCAUCCCAGCUCUGGGCAUUGUCUUGUGUGCUUCCCAGGCCCCAGCGGGAGGGGAGGGGAAGGAAAGGGGGAGGC